UGCAAAUGGUACUAAUUAGCAGCCGAUGUAAUUGGAAUGAAAUUAGCGAGAGAUUUAAUGAUGUUUCGCCAAUGAAAUUCUUACCCGUUGAAAAUGAACUUAGUCUCAGGGAUUAAGGUUGAAGAUCAACUUGUAUUUGAAAAAUGCAGUGGUACCGUUCAAUUUUGUCAAUUAUCGUUAUACUAAUUUUCCAAAAUUUUGUCAAUUCCGAGGAGUGCCAAUACGCGGAAUGUAUAGCGGAAGCAAAUCGUAUAAAAAGUAUCAUAGACGAAAGUCUCAAUCCCUGUGAAGAUUUUAUGGAAUUUUCAUGCGGACGAUUGAACAGUUAUUAUUCGCAAAAUUCUUAUAAAUAUCCGCGAGCCAGAAGCAGUGUUCUUAUUCAACAUUAUGAAACGCUUGAAAGCAAAAUAAUAGAGGAAUUAGAUGAGCCAGUGCGUCCUGAUGAGCAUCGAGGUAUUAGUCUGGCAAAAUUAUAUUGGCAAAGUUGUAAAAUCACAAAACCCGCGGAAGCAGCUUACGGAUUGGAAUUGGUCUUCAAUCGAUUAGGCAAAUGGCCAAUGGCGACUCCCGAUUGGGACAUGGAUUUUUCUUGGAUUAAUUUUUCGAUAAGUGCCAGAAAAUUGGGAUUUAUGCCAAAAAUGUUUAUAGACGUUGGUUUAAAUUUGGAUGACGUUGACAAAGCGUGGAGCAUCAAUGACACGCUUACGUUUAGGGUGGAACGUGCGAAGUUUCAUCCACUCGUAGGACCUAAAACUCCAACUGGUAUGAGAUCUGACGAUUUUUAUUCGACAAUUGUGAAACGUAUGUUGGGAAAUCGUUCAAACAUUUUCAAUAUGGAUGAUAUGGUAAAAGACUUGGCGGGAGUUCAUGACUUUCGUAUGGACAUUUUUGAUAUGAAUCAUGGGCAAAAAACACCAAUUCUUGAGAUGAAACAAGUAUCAAUUGCUGAAUUACAAAAGACUUAUCCUUACGUCAACUGGAUGGAGUAUUUGAGAGCCAUGCUACCACGUAAACAAGCCAAUUAUUUGUCUGACAGAAAUUGCGUGUUAAUCGAACCGUGCUUCUUGUCGAACAUCGAUGAGCUAUUGAAAAAAACCGAUAAAAGAAUAUUAGCAAAUCAUGGCUUUCUGGUUCUUAUUGACGAAAUGACCCUGUAUAACAGGCCACUCGUUAACUUGAUAUUGGCCAAAGAUACCGAAGAGGUUGAAGACAUCUGUUACAAAUCGACUAAACUCACUUUUUCACGAGCUCUCGAUAUGAUUGUAGCCAAAUUUGCUGGGCCAAUUACCAAAGCAAAAGUCACGGAAUUACAAACUCGUAUUGCGCACGAGGCGCAUCAAAUAUUCCAUAGAAUACCAUGGAUGGAUCAUUUGACACAACUGCACGCAGCCAAAAAAUCCGAGAGGACCACUUUCGUCAACGUCUAUUCGGAUGAUAUUUUUGAUACUAAUUAUUUUGAUCGUCUCGACUUUACCAAACCCAACGCCAUAUUGGUACUUUUCCGUGAACUUAAUAUUUUCCUGAGAGAUCAGUAUUUUCUACAAAUCGGACGACCACGGGCCAUGUAUGCUUUGCGACGCAUCGACAAUCAGACAAUGCAGGCGAUGGUGAGGACGCCAUUUGCUGCAAGUGACGUCGUCGUGAAACCAGAACGUAUCACGAAUGAAGUUUACAUACCAGCUGGAGCUUUGGGACCAGGACGCUUCAGUACAUUGCCUGAACUUGAUUUUAUGAAUUAUGCUGUCAUCGGUUUGCAAAUUGCACUCUCAAUGGGACUUCAGAUUUACGAGAAGGGAUCGUUCAUCGAUAGUAAUUUACAAUGGCGAGAAAAAUCCUGGUGGACUCAGACGACACAGAGACACUGGUGCUCUCUUAAAGCCUGUCGUGAAAUUGCUCAACUGAAGCCACUUGACUCACUGGACAUCACUUUUGGAUACAUUGGAGCUGCUGAAAUAGCUUACAAGUCAUUUUUCUACUGGAAACAACAAAAAAUGUGCAACGUUACUCUACCAGGCUUGAAAUACACAACCAGACAGUUGUUCUGGAUAGCAGCAGCUACCGCAAAUUGUGAUCCAGCCAUGAAACCACGAUACAACUGGAUGGUGGCGAACAAUUGCAAUUUUGGUGUUGAUUUUGGUUGUCCGGUAGGUUCCAGAAUGAAUUUAAUGAAUAAAUGUAAAAUGUGGAUACCCUAGAAAUCAUAUUAAUGAAAUUAUCAUAAGUCAAUAAAUAAAUUCUCACGUUUUAACACACCGUU